ACGUCGCUUCGAAAGAUUUGGUGGCAUGCAAGGACCGAGCAGCAACAAAGCCGACAGCAUGAGCUCUGCCGAGACGACGUGCGAUGCAAGCACCAUCGUGCACGGGGCCAUUGCCGACAAGGCCGACCUCGAGGCGCGCCUCCACGAGCUCACGCGGGCCUGGGGCCUCACACCGCUCGGCGAAAACAUCGCCUAUCUAUGGCUCACCAAGGCCGCAACCGACAGCACGGGGAACCUCAGUCGCUUGCGCAAGUGGGCACUUAUGCAGCUCAACCACCAGCGCCACCCAAGCAACAUGUCAUCGUGGCAGCGCGGCUGCCCAAACGUGCUGCCUGGCUUGCGGGCGCAGCCCGUGUGGCGGAACCAUGACAUGUUUCCUUGGAUCAAAACCCUCGAAGCUGCGUUUCCGCUCAUUCGAAAAGAGCUUCUCGACUUGAAGAACGACCCGACGGGCUUUCAGCCAUACCGCGCGCCGACGUGGGCGGGCGUUCGACCGGCUGCGGACGGUAUCGGAAGCGUUAGCCACGAUGCUGGCGACUGGAACGUCUACUAUUUGUUCCUUCAUGAUGUUGACUACGCGGCGCAGCGGGCGCGGUGCCCGAUCACGACCGCGCUUCUCCAGAGCAUUCCGCACCAGUACGAGCACGCCUUCUUCUCCGCACUGGCACCCAAGACGCACAUCACCAAGCACCACGGCCCCACCAACAAGAAGCUGCGCGUGCACUUGCCGCUCGUUGUGCCAAGUGGCGACGCGUGUCGCCUCCGCGUCGGCGACGAUGUCAUUGUCGUCAAGGAAGGCGAGUGCUUUGUGUUUGACGACUCGUUUGAGCACGAGGCGUGGAACGAGCACGCGAGCCAGAGCCGGCUCGUGCUCGUCCUGGACGUGUGGCACCCCGACUUUUCGGCACCCGAAGUCAAAUUCUUUCAAUUUCUCCGCAAAGCCCAGCUGCGUCUCGAGCGCAAGGCGAGCGAAAACGACGCGGAUGGCUUCUACCAGAUCCUCCAGGACGCCCACGCGCUACCGACGAACGUCGACGCUAUAUUUGCAAACGGAAUUUAACUCAAAGCGCUUGAUAUAUUUCAAAGAAGCCCCAUAUUUGCCAAC